AUGGUCGAAAAAAAAAUACAUGUUACACGAUCGCCAUUAAUUGAUUGCUUGAAGGAGAAACAUAUAUUUGAGGGUUCUGCGCAGUACAGCCCUGCACAAGAGCGGUACAACCCCACCACCCACCCUUCGACGGCACCGGGGUGGUACGGGCCCGAAGACAGAACGCACCUCGCACCUGCGGCGCAACGCCACAUUUGGUCCUUCGAGCCGGAUAGAACAGCGAUCAAACAAAUCAUCGAAUCAAGAAACAUCAAAUCUACAAUCUACAAUCCAAAUAGCGUUUAUCACCUUGAAGUACGGUUAGAAACAUUAGAAAACGUGAUCAAAGAAUACGAAAGUUAUCAAACUCAAAUUGAGUUGCAAGACAACGCAGAUAACGAUCGCGAAAUUAUCGAGACACAGUAUUACAACAUAAUAGUUGACAUUCGGGAAAAAUUAAAUAAAUACUCACCUUCAUCGGCGUCUAGUCAAAAUAAUAGUAAUCCUAACAAUAAUCAUCACUUAGAAACGUCCAUCAAACUUCCUACGUUAAAUUUACCAACAUUUUCAGGUUUAUAUUCGGAAUGGCUGUCAUUCAACGACACAUUUUGCUCGUUAAUUGAUCAGAACAAUAGUUUAAAUAACUGCCAAAAAUUUCACUAUUUAAAAUCCUCAUUGAAGGGAGAAGCGUUAGCGACAAUUGACGCUCUCACUAUUUCGGUAGAUAAUUACAAAUCGGCCUAUGACUUGUUAAGAAAAAGAUACAAUAACAUAUCAAUAAACAUAAUAAUAAUUCCAUUAAAAACUAUCACACUGCCUCGACUAGAACUUUGCGCAGCCGUGCUGUUAGCCCGCUUAAUACACAAAUUAUUACCUACAAUAAAUCUAAACAUAACAACGCAGUAUUUGUGGACAGAUUCAUCAAUAGUGUUAUCUUGGUUAGCAUCAUCGCCAAGUACCUGGAACGUUUUCGUUGCAAAUCGCGUUGCUGAAAUAAGCACAUUAACGAGUAUUUCUAAUUGGCAUCACGUUAAAUCUGCUGAUAACCCUGCAGACAUUGUCUCAAGAGGUGAAUUACCUAGUAAACUUAUUACGUCUGAUUUGUGGUGGCACGGUCCACAUUGGUUAUCAAAAAAUAAGUCAGAAUGGCCAGCUUCAUUCUUUAGUUCAAAUGCACAAAAUGUACCAAUUUUAGAAAAAUGCGCCAAGUUGAAACUUUUGGUGGUGACCAAUGACAACGUACUUCCAUUGUUAAUAAAAUAUCAUUUAAAACGUGUUGCGGGUAAUGCUUUAUUGACGUAUGAGGAGCUCUAUACGCCUUUGACGCAGAUUGAAGCAUGCAUCAACUCCCAACCCCUGACUCCAUUAUCCUCUGACCCGAGCGAUCUCACGGCCUUAACUCCUGGGCAUUUCCUCAUCGGCGGAAAAUUAACAACCUCAGUCGAAGACGAUGUUACAAUGGUGAAAGAGAAUCGCCUGUCACGGUGGCAACGCGUCCAACAACAGGCGCAAAGCUUUUGGAAGCGCUGGUCAGGGGAGUUCCUAAACACGCUGCAACAAAGAAAGAAGUGGAAUCGCACUGCUAAAACAGAGGUGAAGCCAGGACUUCCCGUUCUACUACGCGAAGACAAUCUCCAUCCGAUGUGCUGGCGAAUGGGAGUCGUCAUGCAGACACAUCCAGGAAAAGAUGGGAUCGUCCGGACAGCCACCAUCAGGACAUCAUCGGGACCUGUCGUGCGGGCCACAAACCGAAUCUGCCCGUUCCCCAUCGACGACGACACCCAGGUUUGAGACCACAGGUUCAAGGGGGGCCGGAAUGCGCAGUACAGCCCUGCACAAGAGCGGUACAACCCCACCACCCACCCUUCGACGGCACCGGGGUGGUACGGACCCGAAGACAGAACGCACCUCGCAGUACACGCGAUCGGUCGACAAACUGUACACACAUUUACACACUAUUAAUAUAUAGUUAUAAAACAACACUCUUUUCUUGCCGUGUUCGUACCGUGUACGACACGGUUAUACGGUCCUUCGAGAAGCCUGCGGCGCAACGCCACAGGUUCUGUGAGCUCGUUCGGAAAAAUUUUACAUUCUCUAUUGGGUUUCGUUAUUCGCCAACCAGUGUACGGAAGCGUCUUAUGGAAUUACAACAUGUUGUUCAUGCAAGAACCAAAUUCUUACGUGAAUACAUGCACAAUCAGCAGAACCCAAAUUCUUUGCCAUGUGUAUAUCUUGAUGAAACAUGGAUAUUUGAAAAUGGUUCGGUAGUUAGGUCAUUGCAAGACGAUAGUGUCAAAAGUAUCAGGAUGUUCAAAAUAGAAGGGAAAAUUUAGUAAUGUGUCAGUUUCACGUUAGUUAUUUAUUCUUCUCACUAUAUUUUAGGUAUAUUGUAUUACAUGCAGGUACAAGCAAUGGAUUUAUUGAUGAAGCAGCGCUAGUAUUUUCUUCUAAUACCAAAAAUCCAGACUAUGAAUCAUCACUGAUUAUUAUACCACAGUACCCUUGCAAACAAAUGUCCCAGUGGUUCAUGGAAAAAAGGAGAAAUUCGUGAAUGGCUUUAACAACAUGACAUAAGUUCAGAUUCACAGAAGUUAAAAACGGAACUUCUUCAUUUGGUUGCACAAAAUAAACUGCCAAAAACGUAUGUUGCCGUGAAUUGGGCCAACAGAAUGGCCAUAGAGUAUUGCGAUUGCCGCCAUAUCAUUGUGUGUUUAACCCUAUAGAAAAUAUUUGGGGAUUUACUACAAAUUUUUAUUCCAAACACAUUGGGCGUGAUGGUUAUGGUCAAAAAAAUUCCGUGGAAAUGUGGAAAGAAGCGUUAGCACAUGUCACGCCCACAAUGUAGAAAAAUACUGUUGACCAUAUGAAUAAAAUAAUACGGGAGUGGUGGGAACGGGAAUUAGUAUUUGACCGUGAAGAGAUUGCGCCGCUUAUAAUCGACAUUAACGAAGAUUCAGAUUAUGGUUUUAGUGAUUAUGACAGUGAAGAUUCUAAUACUGCAGAAGGCAUUUAGCCACUGUAACAUGUAGGUUAUUUUCCAUUACCAUCCUAAUUGAUUGUACUAGCGGCAUGUUCUGCUGAUGUCUUUUAUAAUCACACUAUCACUUCACUGGCCAAGUAUACAGAUCACUGGUCAGACGAAGACGUUGUGCAACAUGAAUACUUAUUAUUAUUUAUAGUUUACUUUUGUAUCUAUUCCAUGUCAAUAAAGUAACUUCCCCAGUA